ACCGUCGGUGCACCGCGUACUUCCAACAAAGUGUACUGGAACCACGACAGGCAUGAGCAGCAGCGACCCGACCACCACUACGACCGAGCAGCCCACGGUGCAAAAGCGGCAGGUGAGUAAGGUCAUCUUCGACCAGGCUCAAGGACGCAGUGCCACCGAAGAGUUUGACAAAGAGUUCCAGAAGUACAACACCAAACACAACGCCGUGUCGGCCACGGCGCUCACGCUGGCUCGGUCAGAACUGUCCAAGGCCAACGCGUUGCUAUGGCAAGACGACAAGCUCACGAAAUUGGGCCAGCCGGGGUCGUUGACUGCGACUGAGCGAGAACACUACGAAGCACGCGUCAAGCAACUCGAGGCAGCCAUCGACACGUACCACCAGUCCAUCUCAACGUCCAACUACACGCGGGCGGUGCUGUCCUUUGCCGGGCUCGUGGUGUUUGUGCUGCUUCUCAUCUUGCUCAAUCAAAAAGUGCCCAUGUUUUAACCCCGUCAAUGAAUGCACUUUGAACCACAA